GUGGGUCAGAGGUGGGACAGUCAAAAUGUUUAGUGCUAUAGGCCACAAGUACAUGCACAAGGGAUCCCGAUAGCCAGCCUGGGUCAGGGAAAAGGAAGACAGGUGUGGGCAUGUACAAGUGUGUUACUGGCCACGUGUUUGUGGACUUGGAGGCAAAAUUUUUGUUUUGGUGCCUAGGGUAAAUUUUCCAUCCAACAUUUUCCUCUACUGUUUAAUUUUUUUAAUUACAAAACUCUGAAUAGAAGAAGUGCAGUGCAACACCUUAGAACGGACUGAGGCAAGCAGCGGACAGCAAAUGGAUCCGGUGGCCAACAGCUGCGUGAGGAACCCCCACCCCCCAGCCCCUGUCUGGGGCUGCCUCCGAAACCCCCACUCAGAAGGCAGCAGCGCUUCAGGGCUGUCCCAUUAUCCACCAACCCCAUUUUCCUUCCACCAAAAAUCAGAUUUCCCAGCGACAGCAGCAUACCCCGACUUCUCUGCUUCCUGCCUGGCAGCCACUCCACAUAGCCUGCCCCGGGCGGAGCGCAUCUUCAAUGAGCAACAUCCUGCCUUCCCACAGACCCCUGACUGGCACUUCCCCAUCUCUGAAGCUGGGCAAAGGCUCAACCUAGGCUCAGCUGGGAGCGCCAGAGAGAUGGGGGCUGGCAGCCCAGGCCUGGUGGAGGGCACUGGAGGAUCCGGUGAGGACUACAUGGUACUUGGGAGCACUGUCAGUGAGACGGAGAAGAAAUCAACUAGACGGAAAAAAGAACGGUCAGACAACCAGGAGAAUGGAGGAAAGCCAGAAGGCAGCAGCAAGGCCCGGAAGGAAAGGACAGCCUUCACCAAGGAGCAGUUGCGGGAGCUAGAGGCUGAGUUUGCCCACCAUAACUACCUGACCAGGCUGCGUAGAUACGAGAUCGCAGUCAACCUGGACCUUUCGGAGCGGCAGGUCAAAGUGUGGUUCCAGAACCGGAGAAUGAAGUGGAAGCGUGUGAAGGGGGGUCAGCCUGUGUCCCCGCAUGAGCAGGACCCAGAGGAUGGGGACUCUGCAGCUUCUCCAACUUCCGAGUGAGACGCUCCAAAACCCAAGAAAGACUGGACCCCCUUCCCUACUCCCUCCACCCAGCACCACCAUCGCUCUUCCCGACCGAGCCAGAGAAGCCUCCACAUCUUAUGUUCUCUUCAGCAUGAAAUUACCCAGCACAUGGGAGCCUUGAAUUCCCCGGAAGUUGUAACCACUUCCCCAGGGCUUCAGCUUCCCACACUCUCUUGAACUCCACUGUACCUGCUGGUCUGGGGAAAUCUAGGCACAGCAUCUGGGACACUCUUUUUUGCGUCUCUUGGUUGCUACCCAUACCUCCUGCCAUCUUCCUCCUACAUCAAGGUCUCUGGCCCCCAUUUGACCUGUGCAGAAUUCCUUCCUUGGUACCAGCCGGUGACUUGUGAAAGAAAAACCCUCUCCAGAUGUUCACACCAUUGAGCUGAAGGCUAGAAAGUGGCUCUUGUAUCUAAGGA